ACUUUUUAUAAGCGUUUUAUGAAUGCAAAGAAAUUGGUUUUUGAUUAAUAAUCAUGAAAACAACUGAUGACUCAGUUCUAGUGAGCAAUCAAGCCAACAAAAAAAACCAUCUGAAAAUAUACAUUUUGUGUAAUCAUUGCGUUCGAAAUAGUUUUUAUUUUCAAAUAAAAUUUGCCAAUGAAUGAUGGAGUUGAUUAAAUCAUGGUGUAUUUUACUAAUACAAACAAUUAUCUCUCAGAUUGAUUUGGCUGACGCGAUCAAGUGUUUUACAUGUGAUUUUACAAUCAAUAGGUGUACAGAUCUUAAUUGUUACAAUAGUCCAGAUAGUUGUAGUCCAAGAUUUUUUACUGCUGCCGUUGUUCCGUACCGAGAGUGUCCUGCAGGCUGUGAACUAUUCUCAAUGACAGAUGCAAAUGGACUUGUUUUACAAUGGAGUCGAGGAUGCGAUCAAUCAGGAUCGACUGCUGGAGCCGCAAUAGAUUUCACCAGUACAUGUAAAACGGAAUAUAUAUUUGGAACUCGAAUGGAUAAAUGUUUUUGUAACCAGGAUUUUUGCAACUCUUCUGGUAACAUCAAACCUGGAUUAAUUUUAAUGUUAAUUUUAGCCAUUUUUAAUUUGAUCUCCAGAUGAAUUUUAAUUUUUCUAGAUAAUUUGUCUAGAUUAUAGAUUCUAUGUUUGUUAUUCACCCAAAACUAUCAUGUUUUAUCAAAUAUAAUUUCCAUUUUUGCUUAAAGGAUGAAAAAGAUAAGUUAAUGGCGAAGCAUAUGAAGAGUGAAUUGUAUAACAAUUAGCUCAUUUUGGAUCUGAAAUUUGUCAAUGUCAUGGUUGAACUAUUUUGUAGUUUUUGUUACACAUUAAAACAGUUAUUUCAAUUGUCGUUA